AUGUUUAAUACAUCAAAAGUUCAGAUUUGUCAACUUCACAAAUCAUAAAUUUGUAUAGGAUUUUGCGUUUCCACAAAAUGCCCUUAAACUUCUAUCUAUUGUUAGCGAUGUUUGGAAGAAGAUCAUUCGGAUCAUAUCGAAAGCUGCAAAUAAUUUGGUUAAAUUACCAAAGAUUUAUCAAUUUCUAUCAAAGAAAAAAAGGACCAUUUAGACAAGAUCAGAGAAAAAUAAAUUCAAUUAAGUCAACUAAACAGACAUUAGAUUGAUGCCUAUGAAAAACAAAUAAAAGAUUUAAGAAAUAUUUAAGGACAAUUUUAGUAGAAAAAAUUGAAUUCUUUGUCAAAUUAAUAAAUCUUAAUAUUAAAAGAAGAACAUUAACCAGAUAGAUAACUAGAUGAUUGUAAAUUUUAAUAAAUUUUUUUAGUGGAUAAGCUAAAUUAAAUAGAACAACUAAUUUAAUCUUUAGAAUUAAUAAAGAGGAUUUGCUUAACUAAUGAAAAAUAGAAAUUUACAAGUAUAAUUGGUAAUAUCUACAUUUAGAGUAUAUGAUGAACUUUCUUACAAAAGGAAGUUCAUGGUGCAUUGCAAUAUUUCACGUCAUAGUCUGCAUUAUGUAUAUUUAUCUUUUCCUGAUUGGAGCAGUUGUAAUGCUCUUGAUAUAUGUUGAAAUUGAUGAGUAAUUUAACUAGUUAAUUAAGUUAUAAGUAAGCCAGCCAAAGCCAAAAUUAAGCAUACUUAGAAACCAUUCAGAAAUAAACUCAAUAUUUAACUUAAGGUAAUAAAUUUAAAAUUACUUAAGCUAAUGA